AGCCUAAAGAUUCUGAAGCAGUGCAGAGAGGCAUAACCCUGAGCAAGAUGCAGAGCACCAUGGUUCCACUGAAUGCUCCACCGGGUGCUGGGACAGUUGUGGUGGCAAUGCCAGAGCAUCCUCCUGAUUAUGCAGUGUGGUCCAUUUGCAACGCCAUGUAUGCAAACCCGUUCUGCCUGGGCCUCAUAGCCUUUAAUUACUCCAUGAAGUCAAGAGACCAGAAGAUGUUGGGGAACAUGAAUGGAGCGAGAUCGUAUGGUUCCAAGGCAUGUUUGGCCAAUGGCUUUGCGCUUGGGUUUACCAUUAUCACCAUCAUAAUAUUGAUGGUGCUCCUAUUUGGGAGUAAUAAAAGUACAUACCAGAACCCGUAUUACAGAGGAUACUAAACCCAGUCUCAUGUGACUAAAAAAAUAUGUUGAAAUCCAUCUAAGGAACCCAAAAUGCUUUGUGAAUGAUAUAUUUGUGAAAUAAGUAAUAAAAUGUUCUCAUUGAUGAAAGCAUUGAUUACAGUUUUUAAUUUAAUGACUUAU